AUGUCACGAGAAUCUGAACGAGAACCGUUGAUCAACGAUAACCCCCAACUGCAGACCUAUUAUCGCUCCCUUGAGUCCAGGAUCGGCUACCGGCUACUUUUGGGUGGCACCCGGCAUUUUGGCUUCUACGAAAAUGACACCUGGUGGCCAUUCCCUCUUAGCAGGGCUCUCCGCACGAUGGAAGACAAGUUAGCAGCAUCCCUGGAUCUUUCGCCGGGCUCCUACGUCCUUGAUGCGGGGUGUGGCGUGGGCCACGUUGCUAUCCAUCUAGCAAUGAACCAUGGAUUCAAAAUCCACGGCAUUGAUGUCGUCGAGCAUCACCUGGUCAAAGCAAAACGAAAUAUUGCUCGAUCAGGUCUUACCGAAAGUCAAGUUGCAGUGCGCAAAAUGGAUUAUCACCACUUGGAACCCUUGGGGUCUCAAACACUCGACGGCAUCUAUACCAUGGAAACAUUUGUUCAUGCCACGGACCCUGAGGUAGUUCUAGCAGGAUUUUUUGAUGCUUUACGUCCUGGGGGUCAUCUGUCAUUGUUUGAAUACGACCAUGAGUUUAGCGAUGGAUCCACGGAAGUAAUGGCACAUUCCAUGCGCAAGAUAAACGAAAUCGCCGCAAUGCCGACAAAUAGUGUAUCACAGCCGGGUGUGUUUCAACGGAUGCUUGAAGAUGCAGGAUUCACGAACGUGGUUGUCCGGGACUAUUCGGACAACAUAAAGCCAAUAACGCGAUUGUUUUACCUGAUUGCCUACAUCCCUUUCCUCAUUGUCAUGUUCCUUGGCUUGGAGCAUUAUUUUAUCAACACUGUUGCAGGAGUUCAAUCUUAUCGGGGCCGCAAGCACUGGCGUUACCUGGCUAUUUCAGCUACGAAACCAGGAGUACCGAUGGAGACAGCAAAAGAUCGCUGA